GAAUAUUUGCGUAAUUUAAUCGAGGGCUCACAUCUGUUCAUCUCGAUGCUUGCUGAUCGCAUGAAAAGUGGUGCACAAACUAUGUUUGUUCGUCGCAAAAAAGUGAUACGUCGCGCACGUCAAGGACGACGAACGACCGCAGCCACAUCCGGUCGGAAAAAGAACCGAUCCGGUGAACAGGAAGAGGAAGAGGACGAAUCACCGGAGAUUCGCCUAAUGCGAAUUGAGUAUCAAUGGAACAACCAGUUAUUACCGGAAUUGGUGAACAUUUUGGAGAAUCCCGCAGGCUCCCGGGCCGAUGAGGAAAACGAUGCAGAGUCUAGUGACGAUGAUCCGGAGAAGUCUCGCCUAUUCGAUGCUGUUGCCGGUGGAUCAGAGGCCAAACAACUACGCUCGGCGGUUCGUCGGGUUCAGGCAAAUUUGUACGCCGGUCGAGCUGCGGUCGCGUUUCGUCUUGCCCGUCGUAUGUGGCGUCUUUGGCCUGAAGUCGCUCCGACAACUGUAGAUGAAAACGAUCCUGUGCUGAAUAGUGAAUUAGUCGUUAAGUUGCCACCUUCCAGUGUAUCCGUUCUAUCCGCAUUACGGCAAAUUCAUAUCACCGAGUUGCAAGACGAGGAUGAAGAACUAGAUGCUGCCUCGGACGGAGAUGGAUCUGGCGCGGAGGCGGAGGAUGAAAUGGAUGAUUUGUACAACGAAGAAAUGGGACUGGAGGGGUCGGAUGAUGAACGUGGCCUUCUGGUGACAGUAGAGAAAGAAGUUCAAAUGGAUUUGACGGCGUUUGUGUUUAAGUUUGCUCAUCCGAAGAUUGUGCACGCGCUCACCUUAUGUUUAAGCGAUUUUGAAACCAAUCCGGCAUCAACCAAUUCGGCAGUUGUACAUAUCAUUCACCGGCUGGCUGUCAAGCAUAAGCUGGUGGGAUCGUUCUUUCAACUGCGAUUGUUCUACGUAUUCCAGAAAUUUCUGCACAAUUCAACUCUUUUGAAAUCCAAGGAAUUCAAGAAAGCCUUGGAAGGAUUGUACGGUUAUUUCACUUUAGUUGAUCAUCAUCAUCAUCAACAUCAUUGUACAGCGUAA